CUCCAUCACAGACCGUGGGGAUUUUCUCCAGUCCAUCCAAGUAAUACGACCCCCCAAAGAUCGCUGCUUUUCACCAAAGACAGGCAAUGGGACUACUUAAAGCUUCAAUGGCCUCCAGCAGUCGACUGGUUCUCCAAUCCUCCGGCUCUCGAAAACCUGUCGCUUCCUUGAUGCCAUAUAUCUACUACCUCUUUCCCUUUGUCGCAUUUUAAAUCCUCUUUAUCGCCAACGUUAUCCCGAACCUACCCAUUGUCCCCUUCAGCAUCGCUCCUCAUCAAUACACCAAGAUGUCUCUUGCUACUCAGCCAAGUCCUCGUAUCACUGCGUCGAGCAGCCCUCAUCCCUUCGACCCAGUUACUCCUCGAGAAAUCCGACUGGCUGUCCAAGUUCUCGAAGCCGCAUUCCCGGGAGUCAAGCUUCGCUACAAUCGGAUUGAUAUUCACGAGCCCAUCAAACAUGAAGUCGUCCCAUACAUCGAGGCCGAGCGUCUAAGACAGCCUCUUCCCCGCAAGCCCACGCGUCUACUGUACUCGUACUUCCAUCGCCUCGACACUCUUGAGUGCUGCAAAGCCCUUAUUAAUGCUGACACUGCGUCAAUCGUCUCUACUAAAGUGCUUCCCAAAACUGUUCAACCCCCAGUUGAUAUCGAUGAACUCGCGGUGAUCGAAGAAGUUUGCAUGAAACACCCGGCCGUGCAGGCAGAGAUCGAAAAACUCAAUCUGCCUCCGGGAAUGGCCGUGUGUAAUGAUCCGUGGAUGUACGGCACCGAUAAUCAGAACGAGACUCGUCGCAUGUUUCAAUGCUUCAUGUACAUGAUGGAGGUUGAUCACCCCCAAAAUAACCACUACUCCCUGCCCUGCAAGUUUUCGCCCGUUUUUGACGCUUUUACCCACGAAUUGAUCCGCAUGGAUUAUUUACCAGGCGGGGAUGACCACUCGUUUGUUGAGACUCAGGCUUGGAAGCCUGUGAAGGCUGUACAAUAUGCUCACGAUCUCCUCGAUGAGCCUGUUCGCACGGAUCUCAAGCCCUAUGUUGUCCAGCAACCAGAGGGCCCCUCUUUCAACGUGGAUGGAAACUUUGUUUACUGGCAGAAAUGGCGGUUCAGGGUGGGCUUCAACAACCGGGAGGGCAUGGUUUUGUAUAACGUCACAUAUGACAAUCGCAGUGUCUUCUAUCGUCUUUCAGUCUCCGAGAUGACGGUUCCCUACGGAGAUCCUCGCGCUCCUUACCACCGCAAGCAAGCCUUCGAUGUUGGUGACGUUGGCUUCGGUCUCAAUGCCAACCAGCUCUCGCUCGGCUGCGACUGUCUUGGUCAUAUUAAAUACUUCAAUGGCUACCGAGCCGAUUCCAGGGGUAACCCGGUGCUUCUAAAGAACAUUAUUUGCAUGCAUGAACAAGAUAAUGGAAUUCAACACAAACACACUAAUUACAGAUCUAAUGCAGCAACGGUUGUCCGUAACCGUCAGCUGGUUAUGCAGAUGAUCUGCACUGUCGCUAAUUAUGAAUAUAUCUUCGCCUAUAUCUUCGAUCAGGCGGCUAACGUCGAACUUGAAGUCCGUGCUACCGGUAUCUUGUCCACCGUGCCUUUUGAUAAUGAAGACGGCAAGACUGUUAAAUGGGGGACCAAUGUCGGCCCCGGCGUCAUGGCUCCCUACCAUCAGCACAUGUUCUCAUUCCGUGUCGACCCCGCCCUCGACGGUUUCAAGAACACCGUAUACUACGAAGACAGCGUUCCCCUUCCCGAAGAUGACCAAAAUCCCUACCUUGUGGGAUACACCACUCAGCAAACCAUUAUCAGCAAAUCCAGCGCCGCGGAUCUCGAUAUCAGCCGCAGCCGAGUCUUCAAGAUCCGCAACGACAGUAGCAUCAACCCCAUCACCUACAAACCCGUUGCGUACAAGCUCCACGCCGCACCCAGUCAGAUGCUGAUCCAAAGCAAGAACUCGAUCGGACAUCAACGGGCUGAAUUUGCUAGUCGACCCAUCUGGGUUACUAAAUACCGGGACGAAGAGCUUUACGCUGCAGGUGAAUUCACAAACCAAAGCCACCGCGCAGACGGCGUGGAGACAUGGGUCAAGAGAAAUGACCCCACGGAGGAUGAGGAUGUGGUCCUUUGGCACACGUUCGGACUGACCCACAACCCUCGCGUUGAGGACUUCCCCGUCAUGCCCAUGGAACGUACCAGCGUCAUGCUGCGUCCGGAUGGCUUUUUCACCAAAAAUCCUGCUAUCGAUGUGCCCCAGUCAUCUCAAUCCUUCAACAAGUCAACUCUUCACCCGGAAGAUGCAGCCGUGUCGUCUUGCUGCUCCGGUGCGGGAGGCAGCAAGGCGAAACUGUACAAGCGCAUGGACUGAGGGAGAUAUUGUGAGAAUUGAAGGUGCCAAGUCUGAUCUAGAAUUUCGCCUUCCAUGUAAAAGAUCUUGUAUGGUUUACGAUCACGCAUACUAUUGGCUAGCGUUCUGGGAAGGACAAGAAUCUCGUGUCCCGAAUUUUAUGUUGUCACUCAGUCUGGCACUUGUGGAAACAAAAAUGCAAUAACCCAUCCAUAGCCAGCGUCGUCACGUUUGUCUAUUUUCAUUAAUACAUGCUGUUCUGAUGUGAAUUACACAGCCGUCUUGCUUAUGUCCGAGCCAGACUGGUUAUAUACAUCAGAAUCCUUGUACAUAAUUAAGGUGUCAUUCCGUGUGAACUCUGCUCACAAUC